AUGGAUUCCGUGAACAACGAAGUCGUGCGAGAGUCGACAAUAUUUGCAACUCCGUCCCCAAGGGGAUAUUCCAAACGAGGUAUAAGCUCGGAUGCUCGAGUGACAGAUUCUGGAGCAAUCCCGUCAGGAAUACUCCCACCAGUUAAUCCACGAGAUGCGACCUCAAUCCUCCGAUCCCCAACUCAAUUGAAGUCGACCUUUUCGCCCAAGACUCCGCAGUCGCUCAUGAUGGCGGUCCCUAUGACGAUGAAUGAGUGCUGGCUGGUGUGGAAAUUUCUGUGCGACUGGGUCAAGACGCAGCUUGCGAUGGAAGUACCUGCUUCAAUUCCAGGUUUCGGUACAUUCUAUCUGCGAGUUCAAGCGUUAGGUAUCCGCAUAACACUUUUCGAACCCGACAAGCAAUUCCUCAACAAAUUUUGCCUUCAAGUGGACUCCGAGAUGCCUGAUCCAGCGCUCGUAGCUACACUAUCAUCGACGGUUUCCAACUCGGACGCACUGGCAUCGACUGAAAGCAUUAGCAGAGCACCUAGCGUUGUUGGGCUUGGCGACGUUUUUGCCUUCAGUUUUGUGGAAAUGGCUGCGUGCUGUGGUAAUGCUGCUGACUCAAAAAGAGCACAGGAAUGGCUAAGUGCCAUCGUCAACAAAUUGGGGAACGCCAUGAGUCAAUGUGGAAGAGUAGAACUGAACUUCGGUGUUGGAGUGAUUUUGUGUGUCGAUGGUGUCGUUCACCGUCACCUACUUUCGCGUGACUCGCAUUCGUCUCCACAACUGAAGUACGAGAUUCGUACGGGAGAAAGUGUCGUGAAGCGGAAUUUACGUGCCCAGGCAGCUCUUCAAACAACCCCAACACCUCCAGCCAAGUAUUCUUUUCUGUCGGGGUCUACGUUCUCAUCAUCGAUACAACUUAAUCCUGUGUUUGAUCGGUCUAUGGACGUACCCGAUUUUUCAUUUGGACCUUCGAAUCCACGACGACCGACGUUUCCUUCUGUGGUGACCUCUUCGGAUAGCAGGGCUUCUCCUCGCUCAACACAACUGGAAAGGCUACAUCGGCGAUCACCAAGCCCGCGAAUCAGUCGUAUCAAUACAUCUAUGCUAGAAGAGUCAGAUGAAAGAAACGACGCAGAAGCCGAGUCAACGCUUACCAAGCUGGAGGGAGAGGACACUCGGAUGGUGCCGCAGCUUUUCGAUCGGCUAUGCCGUACACUUUGUGUAGAACCUGACCAGAAUGUGUCGUAUUUGCUCCCCUCGAAUCGCAUUGGAUCGAACUUUACACCGGCAGCAGCAUUGCUGAUGACAGAGAAGUCUGCAUCACAGUAUGGGCAACUAACUAAACAUUCUGGAGGUGUAGUUUUCAUUGAGAAACCCAGUUUUUUAAGCUCCUCUUUUCGAAUGCGAAGAAAAAAGCUGCUUCAGAACUCACCACCUGAACAACGGUACUUUGAGUACUUGUCCGAUGACAAGGUCAUCGACCGCAGUUACCUUGCUCCUCUUCCAGCUGAUCUAGAAGCACGAGUCGUGGCUGCUGCUGUAAAGUACAUUGAUGGUCCUUCGAGUGAUCAGAUCGAGAGAGUUUUGGAAGUGGCACAUCAAGAGUUUGUGUACAAUUAUUAUGCAAGUGCCAAGAAAGCCAUUCUGAAUUAUUUACUGAUGCGUUCGGAGUCGUGCGAUCGACUGGGAAUUCCACAAGGAGCACCCACUCACGCUCGUUUACCGAUAAAGUGGAAGUGGGGAAGCAGUGACGGACCUAAUGGUUGUAUGGCAGAUCUGAAGUAUCUAGUUUCAAGACACCGAAGACAAGCAAGCGCAAAGCAAGCCAGGACAACUAACCGCUUUUCUCAAUCGGAAUCGGUAAAUAGCAAAGCAGCUCGACGGAAACGUGUACAGUCCAAGUUGAUGUCGCUGCUCAUCUUGUCGAACCCACAAGUUCGAGCUCUUCGCCACAUGUGGCAUGGCAUUUAUGCAUCAAUAACUUUGGUAGACCUACCGGGCAUCGAGGGUCAUAACGAUGGUAUCGAGCCUAUGGAUAUUAUCGAGUUCGAACGAGCCCAACUCGGUUUUUCAGCUAAAGCGAAAGAGUUUGUCAUGGAAAAUUGGUACAUGAAAUCGAAGAUGAUGUUUGAAAGUGCUAUUCGAGCAGAAACGUUUUCUAUUCAUACGUCAGAGGCAGCAGUGAGUUUUCGAUUGCGGCAUCUAUUUGACACGGUAGCAGCAGUGAUGUCACUACAAAUUCGCUCGCUUAUCAUGAAGUCUAUUCAAGCUUACGUCAGUUUUUUUGAGCGAUAUGGUGGAGUGAAUGAAGAAAAUUACGCCAACUCGCGGGACGAAGAGCGGCCGGCGUUUCCAGGUUUACUGACGACGCUGGUGCUUCAUGGAGGACAAAUACAGUUUCGGGACCCUCUAGUGGACAUCCCGAGUCGUCUGUUGAAUGUCCUUCACAAUAUACCCAAGCAAUUCUCCAACCUUGGUCGUAUUGAGACGCAAUUCGAAGAACCAAUUGUGUUGUCGACCACAUCGACGCCAUUUCUGUGGAAUGUAGCUGCACAAGAGGAUGAUAUUGUCGUUGCGACGAUUAGAAUCCGAGCGAUCAUCGAGCAAAAUUUAUCGCACUUGCGGAAGUUGCAGGCCGAUUAUGACAUGUUCGCACUGACACACCGCUAUGUGAACUCAGUUGACUGUUUUCAUCUGGAAGAAAACAGCGAGCUGGAGACGUAUCGAGCUGAGAUGGAGCGUGUGCAGACUACCGCUUUGCGACUUGCAAUUGACAACAGACACUCGCAACAUUUAGGUCUGUUCUCAGUGGACUGCCGACAAGUAAAUAAGAGACUACAUACAGAUCUGGCCCAGUGGACGAUUCGUCUCCUUCAAGCGUUUGAGCAAAGAACUGGUCGGAUAAAUGCUGAAUUACGCCAGCAAUAUAAGGAGAUCGCCGCUCGCCUCGCGAAGAAACCUUUGGAUUUGUACGAGCUUGUAGAUGGCGAAACUUUCGUGAAGUCUCUGAAGUCAGCGAUGCUCCAAGAACUUCAAGAUAAGGCCAACAUUAUCAAGCAGCGUCUUCGGUUCCUGCUCUUUGAGCGAGAAAAUAUACACAUCGGAAAUGUUGAGGUAGAUGACGUACCGACAGAACAUGAAGGCUUUUCCCUUUCGUUGGAUCUUCUCUCAUCAACUGCCAAGACGCUUAAGUGGAGAAGUCAGAUCGAGAAAUUGCUGAAAGAAGCCGAGUCUGUUCUUGUUGACGAGCGAUCACGAAUCGAGUCCAUGUUUAUCGCAAAACGAUCCCGGUUUCAGGCUGAGAUUGAGGAGUUUGAAGGCGAAGUCCGAGGCUUCGCGAAGAAGGGAGACCUACGGCACGCAGCAACUUAUGUCAUUCAGCUUGCAAAGAUGCAAGACAAUAUUUUCAGCUUUAGGCAAGCUAUGGCUACCAUUAUCCAAGAAGAGCAGAAACUUCAGUGGAAACCGACGGACUUUGGUAAAUUGGAUGACAUUGCUGAAGAAAUGGCUCCCUACGAACGAUUAUGGAAGACCGUGAGAGAGUUUCGUGAAAUGAACUCAAGAUGGCUGCGUGGGAAUAUAUUCGAGUUGCCAGGGAAGGAAGGGAUGCACACACUGCAGCAAAUGCUCACAGUCGUGUCCGAUGUCUCUAGUAUGUUGAUUCUGAACUCGGCUGCGGCUGCGAUCACUGCCGAAACAGUUCGGAAGCAGAUGGCAGAUUUUCGCGAGACUGUCCGACUCAUUGUGGCGAUUCAGAACCCAUCAAUGAAAGAACGACACAUGAAGGCAGUGUCGGGGCUGCUUGGUAUCGAUUUUAUGUCUGAAGAGUUAAUCACUUUGUUGAAACUUCUAGAAAAUGGAGCGUUCGAAAGGAUCAGUGAUAUCGUCGAUAUUAGCUGCAACGCAACGCAAGAGCAACAGAUUGAACGUGCCUUACACGAGAUAAGGGACGAACAGAUGAUCCCGAAUCUGAAACAUUUAAUCUCGUAUUAG